AUGGGAUUAGCACACGGUGGAGCGGAUUUAGAGAAGUUCGAGUUGGUUCAUGUUCGGCAAAUCCUGAGCGUUGUCCUCCAGAUUACCAUCGGUCUGACGGUCGCGGAAGCUGCUCUGAACUUUGAACACCGAGACACCCAUCUCUCGAACGUGCUGGUUAUGGCUACCGAUGCCGAGGAAAUCCGCUUCAAAUGCGAAAACAUUCGGUACGCCGUCGCCACUCAUGGUGUCCAUGCCACUCUCAUAGACUGCACCCUGUCCAGAAUCGAUACCGGGCAAGGCGAAGUUUAUAAGAAUUUGUCCGACGAUCCUGCUUUAUUUACCGGAUCGGUAAAGGAUCCCCAGUCAGAAGUGUAUCGCGCCAUGAAGCGGGCGACUAACGACGAUUGGAAGACGUUUUGCCCAAAAACCAACGUUAUAUGGGUUGAAUACGUUGUAUCGUCUCUAGUUAAGAUGUACAAGAAGAAACUGGCAUCUGCGACGGAGUUGGCAGACGUUGCAGCGAAGACGAAAAUCCUGCAGAUGAAGAAAGCCCUGUCCAAAGCGCAGUCACUACGUGAACUAGCUCCUGAUUUUUUCGAAGAGAGCCGAAUUUGA